GCGGCAUUGUGGGCCUUGCGGUGAGUGGCGCAGGGUUGGAGCAGCCGCCAUCUUGUCCUCAUCCAGGCCGAUCGCUGAAUAAUCCGUCCGCGGACAGCCAGGCCGUGCGCUCAGCCGUCCACCCCACAGAGCAGGGAGCCGGGAGAUGGGCCGCUCACGCAGUCGUAGCUCGUCCCGGUCCAAGCAUGUGAAAAGCGGCAAGCACAAUAAGAAGCGGAGCCGCUCCCGGGAGAAAGAGCGGGUGAGGAAGCGCUCAAAGUCCCGGGAGAGCAAGCGGAACAGGAGGCGGGAGUCCCGGUCGCGGUCCCGCUCCAACACGGCGUCCCGAAGGGAGAGAGUGGCAACCCCGCCCGACCGCAUCGAUAUAUUCGGGCGCAACCUGAGCAAGAGGAGCAGCCUGGACGAGAAGCAAAAGCGGGAGGAUGAGGAGAAGAAGAUAGAGUACGAACGCCAGCGGCGGAUUAGGCAGCAAGAAAUUGAAGAAAAGCUCAUUGAGGAGGAGACAGCACGACGUGUGGAAGAGCUGGUUGCCAAACGCGUGGAGGAAGAGUUGGAGAAACGCAAAGAUGAAAUAGAACGAGAAGUCCUACGAAGGGUUGAGGAAGCAAAGCGCAUCAUGGAAAAGCAGUUGCUCGAAGAACUCGAGCGACAGAGGCAGGCCGAAUUAGCUGCACAAAAAGCCAGAGAGGAAGAAGAAAGGGCAAAGCGGGAGGAACUGGAGCGAAUACUUGAAGAAAAUAACCGUAAAAUUGCUGAAGCACAAGCUAGACUGGCUGAGGAGCAAUUGAAAAUUGUUGAAGAGCAAAGGAAAAUACAUGAGGAAAGGAUGAAACUAGAACAAGAGAGGCAAAGACAACAAAAAGAAGAGCAAAAAAUUAUAUUGGGCAAGGGGAAGUCCAGACCGAAAUUAUCUUUCUCAUUAAAAAGCCAGGAUUAAAUUGCCUAUGAACACUUUCCUAACUAAAUCAAGACUAUGUAUGGUAGCUUCAUGUUGAAGUGUUUUUUAUUUUAUUUUUUUGUUUUAUUUUACUUUUAUUUUGAGUCUGGAAUAUCAUUUUUCAAAGGGGCUGUGCUCUAAAUUCCGUAACUUUUGUUAAUUUUUUUUUAUAUAUAACAUGUUUGUUUUGUUUUUUGUUUUUUUUCAAAUUAACUCCGUUAAAUCCUUAUCAGAUCAUUAAGUAGAUUUUACAAAUUGUCAUAUUAUGUAUGAGAAUGUAAAAUGGACGUAUGUUCCCUUAAAUUGCUCUAUUAGUGUUCACUCUAGCAGUGGGGCAGGGCGCCGGACUGUGAGGGGCACAAAGCGCGCGCCAAAAGGGGGCGUGACCAUGCAAAUAGGGGGCGUGGUCAAUCUAUGUACUACAAGUGAGCGGUUCAGGUCACAGACGGGGGCGUGGGUGGCCGGCGGCGUCACUGUUGGGGGCGUGCCCAGCACCUACGGAGGUGCUGGGCUUCCCCCAAGCUCUCUCACAGCGCGAAUGGAUGCUGCGCGCAUGCGCGCGGAAUCUUUACACGCUGAGAGGGUAGAAAGCGGGCGGCUGUUUUAGCAGGGUGCCGCAGAAAGGGCAGGGACGGGAUUUGCCCUUAAAAAAUCGGGCAGGGCGCGGCGCCCUGCUAAAACAGCCUAGCGUGAACACUACUCUAUUAUGAUCUGAUAAGGUUUUAACUAAUCCUGAUAUUUUUCACCGUAAAAUGCUGUUUGCUCUAAUGAACUUUUACAAUACAAUGACUGGUGUUUGCAUCCAUAAAUUGCCACAGUAUUGUUGGAACGUUGUGUAUUGUAAAAUCAGUGUCCCCAUGAUGCUGUUCCACUUGCACUUGAUGUCCGGGUACAGGUAAGGAUACAUAUAGUCAAAAGAUUCCUUUAGAAGUCUCUCUCAGUAUUGUCAGUACAAAAUUGUUAUUAACUAUUGAUGCAACCCAACCAGAUUUUCCACAGUGUAAAUACAUCAAUUUACUGAAUAAAGUCUUAAAUGCCUCAUGUAUGUUGUGAAUAUUUUAAAGGUACUAUUGGUGUGAAAACCUGUUCAUUCAUCCAGCAUUUUUACUAAGUGCACACCAAGUGCAGUUUUAUAUAAAGCUUGCUGUUUUGUGAAUGUAACUUUAAGCUGAUGGAGAACAAUGUUACAGCUGCAAUAUCAUGUUUAAACAGCUGUUUGGCUUAACUGCCUCAAAUGCCUGAAUACCUAACACUUUCUAAUUAUAACUUAAAAUGCAUGCAGUAGCAAUCAAGGAAAUUCAUUAUCUUCAAUAGAAACUGCAUUUGUGAGCCUAACAAAUGUUUUAAAAAUGAAGAGCAGACAUUGCUAAAGCUAUAAAAUACAAGUCCCGUCAAUGCAAAUGUUCAACAAUUACGUUUUCUCUCACAAUACUGCCGUACAUGUGUUUUCGUUCAUGCAGGAAACUAGGUUGUGUUUUUUUAUUUCAUUUCUGCAGAAAAGAUUUAUUUGAAGUGUUCUUACCCUGAAAACCUGUAAAAUAAACUUUUUUUUUCAUCUGCCAA